AUGGUUGCUUCUAAUCGUCAGCAAAUGAUUUCAAUGCAAAUCGCAAAUACCAUGGGUGGCCCUACACGAUCCCCAUUGCUAGUUGUAGAAGAAUAUGAUCAUUGGAAAGUUAGAAUGGAAAAGUUUUUACUGACCAAAGAUAAUGGUGAACAAAUAUGGAGAUUCGUCAAAGAAGGCCCUCAUAUUCCUGUAAGAACAGUUGUAAGAGAUGCAGCUGUGCAGCUCAUGCAAGAAGAUGAAGCUCGUCCAACUCCUUUAACCGCAUAUGAUAUCGAAAAGUUGCAUGCUAAUCAAGUUGCCUUCUCAGAAAUGGGGUUUGGCGUUCCUCUAUCACUCUUUGAGCAUAUCAAACUAUGCAAAUCUACCAAAGAGAUUUGGGACACUCUUCAAGAUUUGAUUGAAGGUUCCGAAAAUAUGAAGGACAAGCGCCUUACCAUAGUUGUGAAUGACUUUGAUACCUUCACCACUGCUCCAGGUGAAUCUGUAGCAUCAGCCUCCAACCGUUACCGGAUUUUAGUCAACAACAUGACUGUUCAUUGGAUUGUUCGAACUCCUUUGGAGUACAAUCUCAAGUUCAUAAACAGUCUGGGAAAAGGAUACAGAAAUGUAAAAUCCCGUCUCCAAAGUAAUAGCUCCUUAAACAAACUGAAGCUUUAUCAACUCUUUGAUGAACUUCAAGGCCAUGAGUCCAAUGUUGCUCAAACAAUAAGGGAACUCUCCGGAGGUCCUCUUGCUCUUGAGUUCACACUACUUUCUAUGAAGUACAAACGUCCCUUCAAUUCUUCCUACAAACCAUACCAAAACCGAUUCCAUGCUCCUCAUCAGAACAAUCCUCAAACAUUUUCAACUCCGGAACCUAAACCAUCUGAGAAUCCUCCUUCAUACAAACCAAACCUCCCUAAAAUAAGCUCUACUUCCGAACCGUCUCAGAAUACAAAAUCAGACAAACCAAAAAUCUUGUGUCAUAAAUUUGGUCAACCAAAUCACUUUGCCAAAGAUUGUCUAGCUGAUGCUCCACAAAAACCAAAAAUCAAAGAGUCAGCUUACUAUGUCCGAAGAGUACAAGAAAUGGCUGAAAGUGAGAAAGCCUUUGUUACUACGGUUUCAAGAGAUGUCGAAGGAUAUUGGUCCUCCAGGGAUGAUGAUGAUGUGACAACGGGAAGGAAUAUGUGUCUGAUGGCUAGACAAACGGUUAAAUGUGAUGAAGGUUAUUGGUCUUCUGGGUCCGAAGACGAAGAUGAUAUUGCUGAACCUCAUUACUGCUACAUGGCCACUAACAAUCCACCAGGUCGAAGCAUCGUUUAG